AGCAGCAACGAGGACCCAACUGCCCUGCCACCGCCCGGAAAAGUGAGGCGUGGUGGUGGUAGGUGGAGGGGGGAACCUCGAGUGAAGAAGUGGAAGACGAGCCAAGACGCCCAUCUGCGGAGCUGGCAGCUGACUAUGGAAGAGCAGACGGACAGUAAAAGUCUGCGAGACUCUGCUCCGACUCCCGGCAGCCGCCCCAGCAGCAGCAGCCCCAGCGCCAGCGGCAGCGAUGGCGAGAGCGUGCCGCUGUCUCCCGGCAGCCACGCUCCCCUGUCCCCGGCCGCGCCGUGCCUCGCGCCUCCGCAGCAGCGGCCGCCGCCGCCGCCUCCACAGCAACAGCAACAGCAUCGCACCACCAACUUUUUCAUCGACAACAUCCUGAGGCCGGACUUUGGCUGCAAGAAAGAGCAGCUCUUGCUGCUGGCCGGGACUGCGGCCGGAGGAGGAGGAGGAGGCGCCGGCGGCGGCGUGGGCGGCGGCCGGGACAGGGACCUUGACCGCGCGGCCAGCUCAGGUAGAGAAAAUGUCAACCCUCUGCUCGGCAGGCCCCCCAACCUUAGCGCGGAGUCGCACGGGAGCCCCGACAGCUCCUCCACGGCCUCCAAAGCCAGCCCCGCCGCGGCGGCCGCAGCGCUAGGGACGGCCAAGCCCCCCAUCUCCUCCUCCUCCUCCUCUUCCUCUUCCUCCUCCUCCUCCUGCUCGGAAGGGAGUGGAACUAACCCGGCGAAGUAUGGGGAGCACGCCAACCCCGCCAUCCUGCUCAUGGGCUCCAAUAAUGGAGGAGCUGUUGCCAAGAGCGAUUCUCAACAGCCGCUGGUUUGGCCUGCCUGGGUUUACUGCACUAGGUAUUCAGACAGACCAUCCUCGGGUCCCCGCACGAGGAAGCUGAAGAAGAAGAAGAACGAGAAGGAGGACAAGCGGCCUCGCACCGCUUUCACGGCGGAGCAGCUGCAGAGACUCAAGGCGGAGUUCCAGGCGAACCGCUACAUCACCGAGCAGAGGCGGCAGACUUUGGCGCAGGAACUCAGCCUCAACGAGUCGCAGAUCAAGAUCUGGUUCCAGAACAAGCGCGCCAAGAUCAAGAAGGCCACGGGCAUCAAGAACGGCCUGGCGCUGCACCUCAUGGCGCAGGGACUCUACAAUCAUUCCACCACUACCGUGCAAGACAAAGAGGACAGCGCACCUCAUGGCGCAGGGACUCUACAAUCAUUCCACCACUACCGUGCAAGACAAAGAGGACAGCGAGUAAGAAAUUAUGAUGAUGAUGAUGACGAUGAUAAUGAUGUGUAG